AAACUAACCUUUAAGGAUCUAGAUAUUGAUCCUACUGGUGACACCUUAGUGGUUUUUUCAAAAGCCAAGGAAAGUAUUUUGGCUGAAUUUAGCGGAAGCCAACUUCCAAAGCCAGUUCUCUCGAAACCUGAUGAAAGUGAGAUAAUGCUUCUGUUUUUCACUGACUUCAUGAUUGCAGGCAGGGGAUUUAUAAUACAAUAUGAGUCAGCGCCUGAUAUGGAGCUCUGCAACAAAAAUGAAGGAGUUUGCAGGAAUCGCAAUUGUUACUCUCUAUCUAAAAAGUGUGAUGGUAUCGAUGAUUGUGGUGAUGGGACAGACGAGGAAAAAUGCGGAAAACCAGUAGCUCUACCAUCUGAAGAGUGUGGACAAACUCCUAUCACCCCCAACACCAUGUACAGUUCUCCUGAUAGGCAGGUUGGGGGUAUUCCAGUAGUUCCCAACAGUUGGCCCUGGCAAGUUUCAUUGCAACACACCUACAAGGAACCCAACGCUCAUUUUUGUGGAGGUUCCCUCAUUAGUCCGCAAUGGGUGCUGACGGCUGCUCACUGUGUGGUUGGAAAAUCACAUGACCCUCAUGAUAUGAAGAUUGUUCUAGGAAGUCAUGGUAAAUAUAAUAAAACGAAGUACGAAGUCGUAAGAGUGGCAGAGAGGAUUAUAUCCUAUCCAGAUUUAGAGGGAGAACAGAUGAGAUACAUGACACUUACCCAUGACGUAGCUUUAGUGAAAUUGAAUGCUCCAGUAACUUAUAGUGAUGGCAUUCAACCCGUUUGCUUGCCGAAUAUCGGUUGGGAAAUUAAACCAGGAACGGUAUGUUAUUCCACUGGAUGGGGAGAAACCAGAGGCUCUGGAUUUGCAGCUGUUCUUAAACAAACUGAGCAAAUUGUACAGUCAAAAGAUAACUGUUCAUACGACUUAAAAACACAAGUGUGUGUGUCUAAAACCAACCAAUCUCCUUGUCACGGAGAUAGUGGGGGACCACUAUCAUGCAGAUUUGGUACUAAAUGGUGGGUGUUUGGAGCUACAAGUUUUGGCACUGACUCCAACAUGAUGACCAGUCUCUGUGGAACACCCAACGCAAAAGGAGUUUUCUCAAGCAUAGCAGAUAAAGGCGAUUGGAUUCGUAAAGGUGACAGUGGCGGACCCCUUUCCUGUAAACUAGGAGAUAAAUGGUUUUUGAUGGGAGCUGUAAGAUAUGCCAGUGCCACCAAUUUCAUGAGCGGCCUCUGCGGAUUGCCAGAAAAUAGAGUUGUGUUUGCUGCAACAGCUGACAAAGCUGAUUGGAUAAAGAACAUUAUUAAUAAAUAUAACUAAAUACAUUUUGUAUGUAUAUCAGACAGUCAAAUAAAAUAUUUUCUUAUCUAUGC